AUUAACAUGGCUACCACGCAGACUGAGAGCGCUGGUGCUGCGGGUGGAAUUGAACAAAACGAUGGAGUGGGUGAUGAAUAUCCAGAGACAAGCAGCGCAAAACCUUUGAGAAAGAACCCGGAACAGAAGCCAGUGUGUCUCAUAGUGCUUGGGAUGGCGGGUUCGGGCAAAACUACUUUCGUUCAGCGACUCACAGCUUAUCUGCACUCUAAGAAGACUCCGCCUUAUGUUAUUAAUCUGGACCCAGCUGUUCAUGAGGUCCCGUUUCCGGCCAACAUCGACAUCAGAGACACAGUGAACUAUAAGGAAGUGAUGAAACAAUAUGGUUUGGGCCCAAACGGAGGAAUCGUCACAUCUCUCAACCUGUUUGCGACGAGGUUUGAUCAGGUGAUGAAGUUCAUCGAGAAGAAGCAGCAGAAUCAUGAGUAUGUUUUAAUUGACACUCCGGGGCAGAUUGAGGUGUUCACGUGGUCUGCAUCAGGAACCAUCAUAACUGAGGCUCUGGCCUCGUCUUUCCCGUGUGUGGUGAUGUAUGUGAUGGACACGUCCCGCAGUGUGAACCCUGUUACCUUUAUGUCAAACAUGCUGUACGCCUGCAGCAUUCUGUACAAAACCAAGCUUCCUUUCAUCGUAGUCAUGAACAAGACAGAUAUAAUCGAUCACCGCUUUGCAGUGGAGUGGAUGCAGGAUUUUGAGGCGUUUCAGGACGCGCUUAACCAGGAGACAUCGUACGUCAGUAACCUCACACGCUCUAUGAGUCUGGUUCUGGAUGAGUUCUACACAAACCUGCGUGUUGUUGGUGUAUCAGCUGUUACCGGUUCUGGACUGGAUGAGCUCUUUGUUCAGGUAGCAGACGCUGCCAAAGAAUACGAGACAGAGUACCGUCCUGAAUACGAGCGCCUGCACAAGGAGCUGGCUGAAGCACAGAGCAAAAAACAGCAGGAACAGCUGGAACGCCUUCAGAAAGACAUGGGAGAAGUGUCCAUGGAAACAAGUGUGCAGCCAGAUGUUCCUGACCUCAGUGGCCCCAGCGACCUUAUCUUCACCCGUGGCAAUCCGGACGAGGAGGACAUGGACAGCGACACGGAUGACAUCGAUCACCAUGCUACAGAAGAGAGUAAAGAGGCCACGUCUUUCGGGAACUUCCUGAAGGAGAGAAAGGAGGUGGUGCAGAUCCGAAACAGGAAGUCGCAGUGACACCAGGAGGAAGUGCAGGUCACCGCUCCGGUCUGUCCUGACCUUGAACUCUGAACUCUUGUUCUUUGCCUGUUUCUUCUCUGAUGUUAAGCUCUGAGAUGAUGAUGGUGUGGAGAAAUAAAUAUUAAAUAUUUUUAUAUAUAUAUACACACACA